AUGGACAGCAAGGUCACAACAUAUGCCGUGCUAGGCUCUACUGGCAACUGCGGCUCAGCCUUGAUCCGCAACCUACUCGGGAAGCCGCAGAGUCGUGUCCACGCAUUCUGCCGGAACAAGAAGAAGCUGUUGCGUCUGAUCCCAGAGAUCGCAGACAGCAAGCAAGUCGAAGUCUUCGAGGGCGGUAUGCAAGACCAUGACCUCCUCGCUGCUUGCAUCAAGAACACACGAGCCGUCUUCAUGUGCAUCAGCACCAACGACAAUGUACCAGGUUGCCGAUUGUCACAGGAUUCAGCAAUAGCACUUGUCAAGGUCAUGCGAGAACUUGGCUAUGACAAACCAGAUGGCGGCCCAAAUGGUCCGGCUCCGAAGCUCCUGCUGCUCUCAUCCGGCACCAUUGAUCCCCAUCUCUCCAAGCACUUGCCAUCUUUACUGCUCUGGAUACUCAAGCGAUCUGCCUCCCACGUGUACGCUGAUCUGGAAAAGGCGGAGGAAUUCUUGCGCGCUCAAGAGAGCUGGCUGACCACAAUCUACAUCAAGCCUGGAGCAUUGUCGGUGGACAAGAAACGAGGGUAUGAGCUCAGUCUCACAGAGCAAAAGGAUCCUGUCUCGUACUUGGAUCUGUCGGCCGGCAUGAUCGAGGCGGCGGAUGAUCCGGAAGGGCGGUGGGAUCUGAAGAAUAUUAGUGUCAACUGCGGCAGUACACCAGCUGGUUUCCCCGAUGGCACGAUUUUGUGUAUCCUUAUGGGUUUACUCAGACACUACUUCCCAUGGACGCACGCAUACCUGCCAAUGGGAAUGGGUCCAAAGUAG